GAAAAUUGGGCGUCUCCUCACACAUUAUGCUUUCUGGCUCCGUAUCCCAGUCAACGAAUAUUUUCCUUGCCGGCCCCAUCUCCGCCGUUGUGAAGCCUAGGUACCGCUGCUCUUGGGGACGCCGCAGGUGUAUCCAUCGUAAUUCCUCGUCUCGUGCAGUACCAGAAGUUGCGCACUGCGUGCCCCAGCUUCCUCCAGGCCGCCUUGAUAUGGCCCCACGCUUGCCGGCAGCUGUCGGAUGGGAGGUCGAUCUCGGUAUCCCAGUCAACGAAUAUUUUCCUUGCCAGUCCCAUUUCCAGUGUCGUGAAGCCUAGGUACCGCAGCCGCCUUGGGGACGCCGCAAGAAGCCGGGGUGCGCCUCGGAUCUGGAUAACAAUGCUGAAUGAUAGGCCAUUGUGUAGAUGAUCGAUAGAGGUGCACAGCAAGGUCCGACGAAGUCCGAGGACUGAAGGUCCGAAGGGUCGGGAGUUGGUUCUGCGGUGCGUAGAGAGGAAGGCGUAAAAGCGUAGUGAGUCCGAAGGUCCAAAAUUUGAGGGUCCGUGGGUGAGAUGGUUCUGCGCUGCGAGAGAGGAAAGCGUAGGAGCGUAGCGAGUCCGAAAAUUGAGGGUUCGUGGGUGAGAUGUCCAGAGCUGGAUGCCGCAGAGUGACUACCCUGAAUCUCGCAGCGCUUAUACACCUGAUUCAUUCAAUUUUUUUCGGAACGGCAAUUUGGCUGAGUUCCGAAAAUGUGGACAUAACUUGACAAUAUUCAUGUCUCCAAUUUUCCCCCGACACUUUACUGCUCGACGCGGUGAUCUUAACUUGCGCCUCACCUUCGUAGGGUUGCCAGAUCGGGCAGAGAAUGUUCUCCUUACCGGCGACUCGUGUCCUGGCGUUUGUUCGUGCCCCCGGCGCUUUACAUGGGGGCAAUAAUUUCCUUGGCCCCAGGUUAUAGGCGGCCUGCUCAUCCAGAGCAGGGUCUCCUUCCGCUGACUGUUCUGGACUCUCCGCCUUCUCUGCGCGUGGAUGAUAUUUUUUCAACCUCUCGCCGUCAAUUUCCUCCUUUAUGCCGCCCCACUGUACUUCGAAUGCCCCAGGUAGCAGUUGCCUAACAAUGAUUCCUGGUUCGCGUUUCCAUUUUUUCCGCAGCUUUCCCGAUACUCCUACUUUUUUAUUCGGGUCAAAACACAAAACUGCAUCGCCGGGUUGUAAUUUUAUGGGCUGAUGGCGGUCAUCAAAGGCCGCCUUGUGGUGCUCCUUUGCUUUUGCCACUUCCGCCCGCAAAAGCUCCCAGCCUUUACAAAGCUUCGCUAAUACUCGAGAAACGGGACAUUCCCGUUCUUUUUGCAAAAUAUAACACAUGAAGACCCUCAUUACGAAA